AUGCCAAACAGCAAACCGUCACAGACCCUAAAAGACCAUGUCAACCAGAAUGUGAAGCAGGUGGUCCUGGGGAACCUUCAAUUUAAGGCAUGGUUCGACUCGCGUUAUCCUGAAGAGCUAGUGAGACCCGGUGAUGGGACGCUGUACGUCUGUCGGUGGUGUUUCCGAUAUACAUGCGACAAGCAGGCAUACCUAAGCCAUACGACCACAUGCGCAAACAAGGAUACACCGCUCGGUACCAAAAUAUAUGAUCAUGACGGAUAUUCGGUAUGGGAAGUUGAUGGCGAAGAUCACAAGCUAUUUGCGCAGAAUCUGUCCCUCUUUGCAAAGCUAUUUCUGGAUCAUAAAUCAGUGUUCUUCGAUGUGUCUUCGUUUCUCUACUACCUUCUCGUCUACACGAAUCCCGCCGACCCGAACAACUACCAUGUGCUUGGAUUCUUCUCAAAGGAGAAGAUGUCAUGGGAUGCCAAUAACCUAGCAUGCAUUCUUAUCUUUCCGCCAUACCAACACAAGCAACUGGGCAAGUUCCUGAUGGGUAUCAGUUACAAAUUGAGUGCAUGGGAAUGGAGGGACGGUUUAAUUGGUGGGCCUGAGAAGCCGCUCAGUGAAAUGGGCCAUCGGAGUUAUGUGAGGUUUUGGGAGGAGAGGUUAACUCGAUUCCUCCUCCAUAUUAACCCUAGUGGCGCGAAGGACGAGCAAGCCAAUACAAAACCACAGACCGCAAAGAAAUAUAAAAAGAGACCUCCACGGGAGCAGAUGACAAUACAGGAUAUUGGUCAAGCGACCGGAAUGUUAGCCGAGGAUGUUCUCACUGCCUUAAACGCCAUGGAGGUUGUUCAGGCAGAGAAGAAAUCUGUGAAACGGAAACGAGCCUCCCAGCCAGACGAUGAAGAUAACCUACCCACUGCCGUUAUCAAAAGAUCUAGUGUUCUUGACUGGGCUAAGACACAUAGGGUGAACCUACGAGACCCUGUUAGUGAAGAGGGCUUUGUAGGGGAAUGGGCCAUGGGUAGUGACAAUGAAGAAUUUGAUUGA